AUGAGGUCCCCACCUUUGGGACCCUUCUGGCAUGAUGAAGAUGUGUUCACUGGUCGUCAGGUGCAGAUCACAAACAACACGGCACGGAAUGUGAGCAGAGCCGCGCAGGGUGUGCCAGCUCCCAGGGAACUGCAGGAAGCCUGUCAGGUGCUCCAGGGGCUGAGGACCUUGGGCUCCAGGGUCUUUCAGCCCGCUCAGGCCAGGAUUAUCCAUGCACUGAUUGAUCUGCACAAGCAGUUGCUGGCGGACCCAGACCCGUUCCAGAACAGCAGCCUGGAUGUCUCAAUGCCUGUGACCUCCUGUCCAUUUCAGCAGGAAAUGAGGGAAGCCGGAGAAGGAAGUUGGCAAGGACACGGACAGCUGGUGGAGGACGUCCUGGAGUUGUCCCUGAUGGCUCUUGGGAAGCUCCAGCAAGCAUUUGUCCAGUGGAACCAGGUGUCUGGGUCUUCUGUCACUGUGACCUCCUCCUCUGCUGUUGUGAUGCUGAGCAGCCAGAACGCAUCCACGUUGCCUCUGAGCUCCUUCGCUGUGGGCGGCCCAGCACCUGUGAGGCUCGGCUUCCCGUCGGCCACGGCUCUGGAGGAGCUCCUGAAGAGGCACCCGGGCGUGAGCGUCCAGGUCACAGGUCUGGCGUUCAAUCCCUUCGAGGAUUUGGAUGACAAGAACAUCGUUGGGAGCGUGGGAACUGUGUUGCUAAGCUCUGAUCAUAAAUUACUCCAUGUCCAUGGCUUGAUGGAAGACAUUGAGAUCAUGCUCUGGAGAAACAACAGCCUGGACACCCACCCCACCAGCCUCAACCUCAGCACCAGCCGCUUCGUGAUCGCGCUGAACGUCACCUCCACGGACAAGACCCUGCUCGUGAGCCUGCAGCCCGAGGCGCCCCUCUCCGUGACACUCCACCUGGGCUUCCAGCAGCCGCCAGAGCCCACCAGCUCCCCCCACAACAUCACCCUGCCCAGGGACCAGGUGUGGCAGAAAGAUGAGGAGUACACCUGGGUGCUGACCCCAGAGAGCCUGCAGUACGGGACAGGCACCUACUACAUAACCGCUGUGUUGGAGGGUGACACACAGAGCACCCUGGUCUCCGUGGUGACAGCCGUCACCCAGUGUUACUUCUGGAACAGCCACGAGAGGGCGUGGAAGAGCAACGGGUGCCAGGUCGGAGCGCGGAGCACGGUUCGCAGGACGCAGUGUCUCUGUAACCACCUGACCUUCUUCGGCAGUGACUUCUUCAUCCUGCCCAGGACGGUGAACGUCGAAGACACGGUGCAGCUGUUCCUGCGUGUGAGCAGCAACCCUGUCGGGGUGUCGCUGCUGGCCAGUCUGCUGGCCUUCUACGCGACCCUGGCUCUGUGGGCUUGGAGAAAGGACCAGGCGGACGCACAGAAGGUGAAGGUCACCAUGUUGGCCGACAGUGACCCUGGCGGGCGCUUCCACUACCUGAUCCAGGUCUACACGGGCUAUCGCAGAAGGGCUGCUACGACGGCGAAGGUGGUCCUCACCCUGUAUGGCUCCGAGGGACGGAGUGAGCCCCAUCACCUGGCGGAUCCCCACAAGCCGGUGUUUGAACGAGGGGCCCUGGAUGUCUUCCUUCUCGCCACCCGGAGCCCUCUAGGGCAGCUGCACAGCCUGCGGCUCUGGCACGACAAUUCCGGCGCCAGCCCUGCUUGGUACGUGACCCGGGUCGUGGUCAGUGACCUGACACUUCAGAGGAAGUGGCACUUCCUGUGCCACUGCUGGCUGGCCGUGGACUUGGGGGACUGUGAGCGGGACCGGAUCUUCCUUCCGGCGUCCCACGGAGAGCUGCUGUCCUUCAGACACCUGUUUCCCUCCGUGAUGGUGGAGAAGUUCACCCAGGAUUACCUGUGGCUCUCGGUGGCCACCCGGCACCCCUGGAGUCCAUUCACGAGGGUGCAGCGGCUGAGCUGCUGUGUGACGCUGCUGCUUUGCAACAUGCUUAUCAACGUCAUGUUCUGGAAGGCCAACGCUGCCGUGGCCGGGCAGGAGGCGCCAAUGGGCCCGCUGGCUGUGACCUGGUCCGAGCUGCGCAUCAGCCUCCAGACGGCCGUCAUCCUUUUCCCCAUCAACCUGGUGGUGGGGCGGCUCUUCCCGCUGACACAGCCCCAGGAGGCCCUGCCUCCCGCCCCCCAGGCCUGGGCCCCCUGCCUCUCAGAUGCACCUGCUGAGCCCCCCUCUCUCACAGAGGUCAUCGAGGAGCUGAGAGAGACAGUGGGGUUCCUGCUCAGGAGACCCGGGAACAUGCUCCCGGAGUGUGAACACCCCCCCGCUGGUGUCCAGGACGUGAGCGAGCUGGUGAAGUUAUUGUCAAGCCUCGUGUGUUCACAGCUCAAGGAGCAAGGCAGCCGUCGGCCAGCUGGGCCUCGCGGGGCCAGUGCAGCUCCCGAGAACCAACGCCUUCUCAGCUGCUACCUGCUCGGAGUGGUGGAGAGGCUGCAGUCCCGGCUGGGUGCACUGAGCCCAUCCCAGGUACCCUCUCCCGGCGACGUCCAGGAGGCGGCCAGCCAACUGCGCAGACUCCGGGACCUGCUGCGCACCCGGACAGUGCCCGUGGAGCAGGAUGUGUCCAGGGAGGUGACCUGCUUCCCCCUCCUGAGCCCGGAAGCUGAGCGGAACCCCAGCAUUGCUGGCUGGUGCCAACGGCUGUCCUACGCCUCCUGGACGCUCCUGAGCGUCGCUGGCCUGGCUGCUGCCUUUUUCACCGCCCUCUACAGCUUGGACUUGAACAAGGACCAAGCCAGCAGCUGGGUCGUCUCGAUGAUGCUGUCAGUGGUGCAGAACAUCUUCAUCAGCCAGCCGGUCAAGGUGGUCAUUCUCACCUUCGGGCUGUCACUGCUGAUGAAGAGGGUGCCGUGGCUCAACAGAGAGAGCGAACAGCAGACGAGGAGGAUCCUGGCCCUCGCCGCGAAGUGCUCGUCCUCACCACCGGCUUCAAGAGACCGAAACAACCCCGUCUACGUGGCCCCCACCAUGCACGGCCCUGCCAGGUGCCCAGCGGGAGCUGUGGGAAGGAGGAGGAUCUGCAGGAUAGCCGCAGGCAUCAUGGUACAAACCCUCUUCCUCGUCCUGCUGAUGACCAGAACCUACUCUGCGCAGAACUCCAACCGAUUUUACCUCCACCAGGCCAUCCGGAAGAGCUUAGCCCCUGGCUUUGCCAAGAUCAGACUGCUGGAGGAGUUCUACCCUUGGGCCAGGCACAGUCUCCUUCCUCACCUGUUUGGUGAUGGCAGAGGGUUCAUCACCGACGGGAACUGCUUCCUCCUGGGCAACAUCCUACUCCGUCAGAUCCGCACCCCUGGCGCUCCUCCCUGUGACCCUGGGGCAGCCUCCCAGCAGCAGCCAGGGGAUACAGAGGGCUGCAGUGUCAGCUGGGGGCCUCCCGAGGCCAACAACACAGCACCCGGGAGCCCAUGGCACCCUCAGGAUGAGGAGACCCAGCACGACCAUCCCAUCCAGGGGGAGUUUGCCACUUACUCGGGAGGCAGCUACGCCGUGAGGCUGGGGAGAAACUCCACGGCUGCAGCCAGGGUCCUGCAGCACCUCCAGCAGUGGCACUGGCUGGACCGGCGCACCAGGGUCCUCUGCUUGGAGUUUGUGGUCUUCAAUGCCAACGUGAACCUGCUCUGCACGGUGACCCUGACCCUGGAGUCCAGUGACGUGGGUGCUUUAUUCAGCUCUGUAAGCGUGGACAGUCUGCCUGCCCUGCAGGCCUCCCAGAUGGGCAUUGGCUGGGACGUCAUCUCCCAGGUCCUGUAUCACCUGCUGGUCUGUUACUACGCCUUUGUCCAGGGUUGGAGGCUCAAAUGCCAGGGCUGGCGGUUCCUCACACAGAAGAGAAACGUCCUGGACACCAGUGUGGUCCUCAUCAGCUUUGUCAUCUUGGCGCUUGACAUGACGCGGAUUUCUCUGCACCAGAAGCACAUGGCCCAGCACCGGCAGGACCCGGAUGGGUUCGUCAGCUUCUCCGAGGCGCUGAGUGUGAACUGUGCCACCACCUACCUGGUGGGCAUCCUUGUGCUCCUGGCAACGCUGCAGCUCUGGCACCUGCUGCACCAUGACGCCAGGCUGCAGGUCAUCAGCAGGACACUGAGCAAAGCCUGGGAUGAGGUGACAGGCUUUCUGCUCAUCAUCCUGGUCCUGCUGACCGGCUAUGCCAUCGCUUUUAACCUGCUGUUUGGAUGGAGCAUCUCCAACUACCGGACGUUCAUCAACUCAGCGGUGACCGUUGUGGGGCUUCUCGUGGGAGUUUCUCACCACAAAGAGGUUAUUGCCUUAGAUCCAGUCCUGGGCGGCUUCCUCACCCUCACCAGCGUUGUCCUGAUGGUGCUGGUGAUCAUCAAUCUGUUUGUUUCUGCUAUCCUCAUGGCCUUUGGACGAGAGAGGAAGUCCCUUAAGAGGGAAACGACCCUAAUAGACGUGCUGCUGCACAAGCUCUCGGGUCUGCUGGGAAUCCGGCGGCACCAGCAGCCCCGCCCCCCGCGGCCGUGCCGGAGUGCCGGCAGGAGGAAGAGGGCCAUGCACGAGGAGCGGCGGCCCUGCCUGCGAGAGCCCAGCUCCAGGAGCCGUCCCGUGGCUUCCCGCGUCGGCCUCCCCCACUCCCGCUCUCCCCACCAGUUCUGCACGGACACUUCCUGA